AUGUGGUAUUUAUUUCUUAUUCUCGCCAUUUCCUCGACACUGGGGAUUCCUGUUAAUGAAGAUGAAAGUGGAAAAAGAGGUAAAAGUAGACUGUUGACACACUUUCCCUUUAUUUUUAUUUUUCAAGAAACUUUCAAAGCCUUCAUCGUAUCAAGGCUUUGUGUUUCGGAUUAAAAAUGCUUUUAAAAGCGGGACUCAGUGAUUAGUCGAGCCUGUCACCUUCGAUAAUCCGGCCGGCCGGCCGGCAUGCUUGAACUUACUUAAAGGUAAAGCCCCCUCCAGCAUAUAUACUCUAUAGCUCUUGGUUUCAAGACGUUUUGAAUAUCUUAGCUUUCAUCACAACGAGAACUCGACAGGCGAAGCAAAAUCAGUUUUACUAAGGCUGAUGUAUGUGUCAAUGAAGGGAGAUUUUGGAAACUGACUUUAAACCAAGCUUUGGGUUGAAUAGCAUCGCUGCUUUGCAGUAUGAUUUUGGGUGAGUAAAGGUCGUCAGGCCCUGAAAGGUUAACUUUUCCUCGGUCCUGAUUGUGCAAUCCCAAGCAGUUUGGUCGAACAGGUGAAGCAAAAGCCCGCCGUUCAGCGUUUUCUUACUCGGUUAAGUAACAGUCUCGACCUUUUGAUUUAUCAGUGAUCGAAAGUCAUGUUCCAUGCCUUGGUAGGUCUAGGUAGAAUUAGUUAAUUAGUUCUCAUAAUCAUAAACGAUCUUUCAUGAUAAAGACCAUAUCAAGUGAGACUAAAACGGUACUGAUAUAUGCACUACGUUACGUGCCCGGGAAAUUGUACAAUCUGCUUGGCUGUUCCUUGAUUGGUUACAGGGUAUCGAAAAUUUGAAGGUGAUAUGAUGUUAACAGAAGCACAGAUUCGAGCAGCGGAGAAUGGAUUAGACCCAACAAAUCAGGGGCGAGCUAGAGGAUUGACACGGAGAGGACAGUGGCCCGGUGGAGUUGUCCCCUACACCAUUCAUUCAAGCGCAAGUAUGAAAUUAGCGUAGAAAAGUGCAAUAUAUUUGGCACUUUUCCAAGAGAGGGAAGGGGCGCUGAAGUGUAUUGUUCAUACCUAAUUGUUUUGAGUAAAUAACCUACACCGGGCCGGAAAAACCUAGGGGUACUCUUUAUAAAGUCCUAGGGAUCGCCUUUCAGGCUUCAGAGGUAUAUCAAAGGGUAUAGGGAAAUCUGUUAUUUUGGUAUUUAAAAGUUACUAAAAAACGCACCAUAUUCGCCCCUGUUUUAGGGGUUUAGAAAGCAUCAUUUUUCAAUGGUAUGUUAACCAAAAUGGUACCUUUUCUGUCGCAAAAUGCAUGUUUCUAAAAGAGUAGGGGGUUGGAUCUCUUGCUGGAGCCUCCUCGUAUAACGCUUUGACGAGUAUACCCGGGGGGUAAAAACUUUGGAAAAUUAUGACCUUUGGAAAAUUAUGUUCUCGAUCGUCACGAAUUAGACAUGGUCGAAAAAUGAUCAUCAAGCUUUUACCUUUCGUAAUUGGCUUGACUUUGUACUUGGUAUUUUUCUCUUUUGGUGCUGUAUCGUCAAACGACACCCCUAUUAUCACAAUACUUUCAAGAUAAGCUAUCCAAAGACCACCUCCUCAGUAUAAUUUCGACACAAUACUGAAACCAUCGUACCUGAGGGGUUUCCCUGUUAUAAGAGGCCACCGUGGGCACUUAGUCUUUCACUUCAUUAAUUAACUUGAAACUGAAACUGAAAUUACAUUCUAAGGAGGGAUGCAUGCAUGUUAGUCAUCAAUGCAUUAAACGAGACUGAUUUCUAUACUUUACUUUUUCCAGAAAACAAGUUCUUGAAUAAACUUGGAAUUAAGGGGCUGACCGAAAGAGCAAUAUAUAGUGCCAUGAAAGAGUGGAAGGAAAAAACCUGCAUCAGAUUUGUGCCCAGGACUACUCAAAAAAAUUACGUGGAGUUUUUCAAGGGUGAUGGGUAAAUAAUUUUGAGAAAUGUUCAACAGUUUAUAAUUUAAACAUAUCUUGGAUGAAUAACAUAGAUUAGUACAUACACACUCAGUGAUCUAGGUAAUUCAAGCAAUCUGAUUGGUUAGCUAUCUCGGACUAUGACGUUAUAUUCACCGCGCUAGGCGGUGAAUAUAAAGCAGAACAAAAUCGCUGUCGUGAACUGGGUGUUUUGCCGCAGUUUCAUAGUUAAGCCUUUUUGAAAAUACACGAAUAUCCAAGUGCUGAUGACUUUGAAGGCAAGAAAAGACUUCAUGGUGUUUAAACAGCGUGAUUUAAUGUGAAGUGGUUUACUGUAGCUGACUUUUUGUACACUCGAAGCUACGUUUACCACUACAGAGGAAAACGUUUGAAGAUACUGUAAAGAUCUAACAUUUGCGCAUCCACUGUUUACGGCUUCGUGUUCACGCAUGAAUUUACCCGUCAAUCAAACAGGGGCACCCAACGACAAUUUUCGGAAAAUAUCUGUUCGGAAGACGAUUUGAGAUCUAGAAUUUUCGGAACAUUGGUUGUAAAAUUUCUUGCUUGCCUGCCUCUCCUGGGAUUUUCAAACAUCUAAAAAAUGGCGUAAUUGCCCAUUUUUAACGGAUUUUUCCCGUUAAAAAGUCACCUAGAAUUUUCGGGAGCCUUUUUUCUGGCUGAAAUUUUCGAAAAGGUAAGGUUUGAUCCCUAUAAUUUUCGGAUCACUAGACUUUCAGCUAGGAAAUCCGAACAGAUGAAAAAUUUUCAGGGGAUAAAAAUAUGCCUAUAUCUACCGUUUAAAUACUAAAAUACGUUUAACAAUGCUUUGUUUAAGUGGUUUUGAACUAUAUUCUCGUUGGGUGCCCCUGAAUCAAACUUAUCGUUUUUUAAUGGUUUCCUUUCUGAUUCUGUUGAGAUCACUUAGUGUGCAUAUACUAAAACAAUUAUUCACCUCAGGCUCAGUUAAUAUUGUUGAAUAUUCAACAAUAUUAACUUCGCCUUCGGCGAAUAAUUGUUCAAUAAUAUACAUCUAAUGUUGAAAACUAUUAAUGCAAAAUUGAAUAACACUGAAAAAUCUUAAAUUGUACAGGAUAAGGAAAAGCAAAGACGUUAAUUAAGAUUAUGGAUAGCUACUGUAGGCACGAGAGCCGGGCAAAUUCAGUAAACUGAAAUCCACUGUCUUCUCAUCAAACUUCAUGUAUAUCCUCAAACUACUCCUGCUGCUAUUUGAAAAAUACUUAGUGGGAAAGCUGUUUCGAUAGAGCUAUUUUCGUAUGACCUUGAAAUGAAAACGCGCCAAAAAAAAAGAAACAACAAACGAACGAAAUAGAGCGAUUUGAUUGGUUUAUCGAACGGAUAUAAACGCGCGUGACUUUUGGUUGGUUAAGCGAACGCUCGUGUGGAAAAACUUUAUGCCCGAGAACUUUCUAGAAAUCAACCGAUACUUUGCUUUGACGUCAUACUCUAACAAGAUUGGCCAAUUGUAGAAUGCGUUCUCCGUAUUAGAGUUUUCUUUGGCGAGAAAACGAAGAGAUCAUGUUUUGAUCUUUUAAUCCAUUGGCUGAUAAAACAAAUGACGAACACUUACCGAAACCAUUUUUCAAGGUCAUACGAAAAUCGCUCUAUCGACGUAUUAACGUUUCUCGGCUCGUUAGGCAGACUUAAAGGUCACCCCAUGUAAGGGAAUCCAAGACAGUCUUGGAUUCUGGAUUCCACAACGUGGAUUCCGGAUUCCUGGCACCUUAGUAGAACUUGGAUUGUGGAUUCCAAUCCUUAGUAGGAUUCCGGAUUCCUUGAGCUGAGUAUUUCCGGAUUCCACGAGCAAAAAUUUCACGGAUUCCGGAAUCCGCAUUCCCUUACAUGGGGCGAUAAAAGGUGAUAUUUGCUAUCUUUUUAACAAGCUAAAACUUGUUUCGCAUCAACUGAAUUCCAAAAAUAAUGGUCCUGAUUUGUUAUUUUAGGACUAUAUUUAGGAAUCGAAAAUGUUUCCUGUCGUCUCUUGCAACGGAUGGCAAGGAUAGACAUGGAUUGAAACUUGAGGACGUUGGGCCAACCUUCUCAAGUAUUAAUGAUAUGCCUGUAAAAAUCACCAAAACAUUAUUUUGUUAUAGUUAGUGCUCCUUAAUGAAAAUUGUUUCCUACCACCAGUCUUCAUAACUCUACUAGAGCAUUUUUGUAUGGAUCAGUAAAGGCGCUAAGUAAAGAUUGACCUAAGAAAAAAUCCGAAAACAGCAACAUUCUCGUGCCCCUUUAACCUCCUUCUCUCAACCCUAAACACAAACUUUAAAAAUGCACGAAUCAAAAGAGACCGCGUUUUGGGUCUUUCCGGGGCAGGUCUAGGAUUGAUUUUUAGCGCUUAAGUUUAUCGAUUUAAAGUUAUUUUAAAUGCCCUGAAUUUUUGCAGUUGCUGGUCUCACGUAGGCUGCCUUAAGAAUGGGAAGCAGAGAAUUUCAAUUGGAAGCUUUUGUUGGUUCCAUGGUAUUGUUGUUCACGAGAUUGGUCAUGCUUUAGGUACAAGUAUACUUUCUUAUUUACUUUAAAAGGUACCCUAGACCGUUUAUGGAUAGAAAAAUAUCGUAUCUUUGUCCUGAACACCUUAAGUGAGACCAAAAUCAGUGAUUUCUUCCCAGUGAGCAAGACGACGAGCAUCCUCGUUACUUUCAAAGUGGGAAUCCACCAACAUCCACAGCCGGAUGAAAUAAUAUAUUGGAAUUAAUCCUAAAGGAAAUUAACCAAUAAUCAACUCAAGAUUUAUCUGACUCCCUGAGAGGCAGAUAUUAUAUACUAAAACAGAGAGCCAAACAAGAGUUGAGGGAAUUUCAAUUUUAAUAAAGGCGUUGUAAUUGAAUGCUAGCCUGCCUUUCCUCUGAUAGCAGCAAAGGAAAUAGGAGACUUCUGGGAUUUACCCUUUUCUCCUUUAUCUUAUUUUAUUUUAUGUUUUAUAUUAUAUUAAUAAUAUUAUUAUAUUUUAUAUUCCUUAUCUAUGUUUUUCACUUGUUUUUGGUUCCUUCAUUUUUACAUGUAGCGCCCAUAGCAGUACCUAUUAUUACGGAAAAUAGUAGCGUUACGUCCUCUGCUGCCUCUACCCUCUCUGCACCCUAAGGCCCUACCAGCUUUUUUGUUUGUAGCCCACUAACAUGAUCAUUUUGAUAUAAGCAGGUCGUUCUUUUUCAAACAUAAAAUAGGAGGCUUACAGUUCAUUGUAAAGUACAUACCAUAAGGGUAGUGAAAGACUAUAACACGAUUAUCACGGAUUACUUCUUUCACAGGAUUCUGGCAUGAACAGAGCCGUCCUGAUCGAGAUAAUUACGUGGAAAUUGUUUGGAAAAACAUCAAAAAAGGUAUUUAUCUUUAUUGAAAGACUGAAAAAUAAUACUGACUUUCAGCGCCCAAGUCAGUGAUUCAAUGGUUGCAAGAUCAUUCUCUCUUGAUGGUUGGCAGUAGAUGCACUCUAACAAGAUUCAUCCAGUUGAAAGUAUUCUGAACUUAAUGUACCGCGUGGUUGAAUGUUUGAAUUCCUGCAACUUGGAAGACGUCAGUUUCGUCUGUGAGGAUGAACUGCUUCUGUUCUGGGUCUUGGUUUCAGGCACUGAGUGGAAUUGAUGACGUAUGCUGCUGAGGCAUGGAGCAUGUAGUAUGAAGCACGAAAAACUCUAAAUGAGUGACGAAUUCAAUCGCGAGGGAGGCCCGAAUCCAGGAAAGAGCUUGACAGCUUUCUUGUGAAGCGAGCGAAGAGUGGGCGGUUCGAGUGUGUGAGAUCGAGAAAACUUAUACUGCAAUUUCCUCUUAUUUUAAUUCAUUUAUUUACCUAUUUAUUUACUUUAAAAAAUCGGUCUGUUUUAGCAAUUUAUCAAUCUUGUCCCUGUGGCCUUUCCCUUGGAAUCCACAAGAGAGGAGCCCUCGAAACGAGGUUGAACGAUUUAUCGCAAAAGAGAAUAUCGAUAUCCUCACUUGUUUAUUUACGACUUACAAUUACCCCAAAUGAAUAGAACCAUUAUGUAAAUACAUUGCAUUUGUCUUGUCUGUACCCUCAGAAAAGAAGCACAACUUUAAGAAGUAUGGCCAUGGUUCUAUUGACAGCCUGGGAGUUCCUUACGACUACGGAUCCAUAAUGCAUUACGGGAAGCGAGCAUUUGCAAAGUGGCCAUGGCAAACUACCAUACGACCUAAGAAAAAAGGGGUAUCCAUUGGUCAAAGAAAACGCCUCAGUCCACUGGAUGUUAAACAGAUGAAUCUUUAUUACAAUUGCAAGAAAUAA